AUGGAUAAAAUAAAGAAGCUUAACUUGGAUUCAGACUAAUUUUAGAUAGAUCAUCUAAGACCUAUUCCUGCACUUGUAAAAGCAAAUACAUUAUAUUGGAAUGAGAUUGGCAUGCUUAAUAAUUUAUAAUGGAAUUACACUCUUUAAAUUAAUAGCGAUAAAUUGAGUUAAGUGAAGGAAAUUAUAUAGAAAGCCUGUUGCACUUAAGUCAGCGAUUAAGAAUACAAGUUAAUUUAAGACUUUUUAGAAAAUGAUGAAUAUUUAUUGAAGAAUUGUGGGUUUACAACCUAAAAAUUACCUGAUUUAAUAGAAAAUAAUGCAAACCUAGUACUCUUUUUCUUAAUGAAAAAUGUGAAGUCUUCUGAUUUCUAAGAUUAUUUGGAUGUUUUUAUAAAUAUUGAUGUCACUCCUGCUACUAUUGAAUUAAUUGCUAUGAUAAAUCAUUCAAUGAAAAUACCUCCUGAUUUCGUUACAUAUUAUGUGUAUUAUUGUAUUUAAUAUUGUAAUAAUAUUAAAGAAAAACCCACCUAAACUAAAAUAGUUAAAUAUGUCAGCAUUUUUAUUCGGCACUUUUUAAAAACGAAGGCCAUAGUGACCAAAGAUCUUCUGACUGAAGUAAGCUGUUUAUAAGUACAAAAGCUGCAAGCAUUUUGCAUAGAGUUUACCAGAGUUAAUGAAGUAUCUUAACUUUUUAAAUCUGUAAAAGCUUUCAAUGAGUUAGGUGCAUGA